ACUCAGACAACCUCAGCCUCGGCCUCAGCUUCCUCGCCGACACUCGUCAACGGCACAGACGCCAACGCAACGCCUGGUGUGGUCACUGUCAUCGAUAUUCAGGGCAACUCGUGGCAGAACGGAGGUGGUGGAGCGGGCGCCCUUGGCGAGAACAUAGUGGCGCACUUUGUCGCCCACCACAUGGAGCCGCUAGUGGCGUUGGCCUUCGACCCGAGUGGCAUGCUGCUGUUGACAGUUGACAAGCGAGGCCACCGCUUCCAUUUGUUUCGCAUUCAGCCACAUCUCAGUGGAUCCAGUAUGAGCGAGGUGCAUCAGCUCUAUACGCUUUACAGGGGCGAUACGACGGCGCGUAUCCAGGACGUGGCGUUCUCGUGCGACUCGCGUUGGGUGGCCGUGAGCUCGAUGCGGGGCACAACUCACAUAUUCCCCAUCACACCGUACGGAGGCUCUAUUGGUGUACGCACACACACUACACCGCAUGUUGUCAACAAAUUGUCACGGUUUCACCGUAGCGCAGGCCUGUCAGAGCGUCGUGACGGCGGUGGACGCAACAGCCCUGUGGGCAGUGGACACCACAGCGACGCGGGUGGGGGCGCCACGCCAGGGGUAGCUCCGCCCCUAACUCCGCCCCUGUCACAGCGCACCCUGCACCAGCACCCCCAUUCACCAGUGGUGGUGCAGCCGCUAGCUCAACUGAGGCGACAUCAGCCGAUGCCUUCCCCGGCACAGACUUCUCAGGGCAGUCCUACGGCCAGUGGUGAUUGUGAAGCCGCUCAGGUGCGCGUAGCGGCCUGCUUUGGAGUGGCACGCGCCGCUCUGCCUCCGGGUCUGCUGCAGACGGGGAGCGGUGGCCAGUUGGGUGGGGUGGGGGGCGGUGGAGGUGGUGGUGUUGGAGGCAGUGGGGGCGGAGUGAUGACGUCACAGCAGCGCAAAUCUGACAGCAGCAUCUAUGUGAUGUCGGCACCCUCAGGGGCUCUAUUACAGUAUGACCUGGAGCCAAGACAUAUCGCCGGUCUAUCGAAGGACCGUGUCUCCGAUGACACGGCCAUUGAGCUGUUGGUGGACGCCAAGGCGGAAUGGCUAGUGAUGUGGCCGCCCCUCUUCAACCCGGUACAACCGCCCCUCGCCGCCUCCAGCCCCUUGCUGCAAGGGGCCAACUGCCCCCUGCUACAAGGGGGCAGCAACCGCCCCCACAACCAUGCCAAGCCCAAUCCGCAUCAUGACGAGCACUGGUUGUCGCAGGUGGAGAUAGUGACUCAUGCCGGUCCGCAUAGGAGAUUGUGGAUGGGUCCACAGUUCACAUUCAAAACUUACAGUCUCUCAUCUAGUGACUUGGACAAGGAGAGUGUGGAAGUGGGAACCAUGCCUGUACAGUCCAACCCAAUCAACGUACCAAUGCGACCGCCGCUUCUCAUCGAAUCCGGCUCCACAAGUAGCCUAGAGCAGUCACCUCACCUGACAGAAGUCUAUCAGAAUGAGUUUGAGUUCUCAUUGGACCACGGCGAGUCCCGUCUAAGAGAAGACCUGGCAGAUGCCAUGCAGGAGAGUCCCAAUAUGCCAGGACGCCGAUGGUCGGCUGUAGAGUGUGGUGUGGGAGGGAGAGGAGGCGGUGGAGGAGGUCAAGGUCAGCGAAGGUCAACAGUAGUGGAGCGUCGUGUCAACCCACUGGGCACAAUUAUCAUGGUGCAGCCAAUUGAGCCUGCUCCACACCAGGCGUCCGUCAGUCAGCACUCGACCGCCGAUCAUCUGAUUGUGGUGGCUGCCGAGUCGAAACCGCUGCCGCCAAAAAACAACAACAACAACAACAAGCUGGAGGAGGUAGCGACCAAACCGAACAACAACAAGGAGCGCAGAAAGAACGCCAAGAACGAUCGCAAGUCGAUCAAUGAUCAGUCGAUCAACGAUAGGUCGAUUGGCGGGGAGAAGUCGAUCAAUGUUGAUAGGUCGACAAAUUGUGAAAAGUCGACAAAUGUUGAAAAAUCAAAAACCGACAAGUUAGUUGCUGGUGAUAAAUCAAAAAACGAUAAGCCAACUAGUGGGGAAAAGGCGAUUAAGGUUGAAAAACCAAAAACUGAUAAGUCACCUGUUGUCGAUAGAUCUAAAAACGAUAGGUCGAUCAUUAGUGACAAGUUGAUAGGUGUUGAUAAAUCAAAAAUCGAUAGUGACAUAUCGAUAGUUGUUGAAAAGUCGAAAAACGUUGAAAAACCAGUGGAGGUUGAUAGAUCUAGUGUUGGAAAGUUCAGAAGUUUUGAGAAGUCGACAGGUGUUGAGAAAUCGAUCAAUUUAAAAUCGAAGAAUGAUGAAAAGUCUAUAGAGCAGACGAUAGUGAGUGAUGAAAAAUUGGAAAAAGUUGAAAAACUGACAGAUAUAGAGAAGGUGGCAGGUGUUGAGAGACCUUCACAAGCUGGCGAUAAGAAGAAAACUGAUGAAUCGAUAAUUACAGUCGAUACAGAGAUCGAUAUAUUGAUCAGUGAUUCGAUAGUCAGGUGUGAGGAGGAAUUACGUGGAGAUGAAAAACAAAUAAUCCAACAGAAUUCAGAUUCUAAUGUUGGAAGUGGUGGUAGUAGAGCAGCUAGAAGGAAAGGGAAGAAUGGUGGAAAGAAAGCGUUUGAUGAGGUAGAAAAGGAGAAGGAGAAAGAAUUGUUGGUUGAGGAAAGAGUUGAAUGUGUAGACAAUGAGGAGGUUGAUGUGUUGGCGGCUGAAAAUGAACAGGUGGCUUCACUUUUUGAUCAGUCGAUCAUUGACGAGUCGACAGCUGAUAAGUCGAUGGUCGACGAGUCAAAGUCGACAGUUGACGAGACAUCGACCAGAACUGAGUCUGACACUAAGGAGCGCGAUUAUCCGUCACUGACUUGCAGCAGCAGCAGCAUCAAAACCAAACGAAAAUGUCGCACCCUGGGCAAAAAGAUUAGCAAAAUCGUUGCGGAUGAUAGCUGCAAAGAGAAACCGGAGGGUGACCUUGAACAAUGCCACAACCUGAUGCAAUUCCCCGACCUGUUGUUAGCCAAUGUCCGGCCAGUCGAUCAACGACGUGAGUCUAUCGCUCAGGUUGUUGUUGAUACUAUUGAGAAGGAUAAUAUGAUGAAAAAGGAUAAUAUGAGGAUAAUUGAGAAGGAUAAUAAGAUGGAGGAGGUUGAGGUGAUAGUGAGGAGUACCAGUGAUAAGGAGGAGGAGACAACUACUGAUAAAGAUUCUAGCGAUGAUUGUUUCAAGAAGGGUUGUGAGAUUGGAGGAGGAGGAGGAGCUAUGAUUGGUAGUGGUGGGGGAAUAGGGGGGAAACAGAAGAAGAAGAACCGGAAGAAGGAGGAGAAGGUGUUGGGAGGAGGAGGUGGAGUGUGGUCGCCUCCUUGUGAGGAGGAGAAGAAGCAACUGUCUCUCCCUGCCUCUCCACCCGUCAGGCUAUCUUGGAGUCAGAUUGUGUCGUCUGCUGCGGUGGGAGGAGGGGUGGAGAAGGGGAGGAGUGAGGUGGAAGAGGGGGAGGAAGUGAAGGAGGAGGAGGAGGAGAUACAGCCGGAGAUAAUCAGCUGGAACAAGGAGGAGGGGAAAGGGGAGUGCAAGGAGAGUAAGAACAGCACAGAGGGGGACCGGGGAUCGGUGUACGAGUCGUGCAAUGAGAGUGUGGAUGACUGUGAACCGGUCCGUGUGGCGGUUGAUGACGUCAUGGUUGACUGUGAACCGGGCCGUGAUGAAGUCAUGGUUGAUUGUGAACCGGGCCGUGAAGAUGUAAUGGUUGACUGUGAACCGGGCCGUCAUGAAGUCAUGGUUGACUGUGAACCGUGCCGUAAUGAUGACGUCAUGGUUGAUUGUGAACCGGGCCGUGAUGACUGUGAACCGGGCCUUAAUGACGUGGCAGACGACGUCAUAGUGGAGUCAGAUUGCCGUGAAUGCAGCCAGCAACAGUCAGAGGACUCGGCUGAGAAAGAGUCAGCUGAUUCGGGUGAGAAAGAGCCACAGGGCCCGAGUCAAGGGGCGAAGAAAUCUAGGAAGCAGCGCAAAAAGCGCAGAUGACAUCUGAACGACGAUUUAGGUGGCGUUGAUUGCGGUUAGCAUUGAGGUAACAGUGAUUGAGGCAGCAGUGUUUUGUCUAUAGUGAAGCCCACGUUUUAUUGGCAGUUUUGAUUAACAUUGCUGUUUCUAUCCUUGUCUAUCAUUCGACAAAGCAGAUAGUGCUAUCCUUUUCUAGCUCCGCAACGUUGGCAGAUUGUUUGCAUACCAUAUAGAAAUAUAAUAAUUUAGAAUAAAGAUUCUGAUAUUUCUUCAUAGCAUACAAACGAUGUGGUAACAGUGCGGAGCUAGAAAAGGUUGGAGCUAUCUGCUUUGUCUAAUGACAGACAAGGAUGCAAACCAAUGUUAAUCAGGUGCUGUCUUCAUAACUAUAGAUAUAACAUGUCUUAAUGUGAUUGUAGGAUUUGAUCUGUUUCGACGUUCAACUAGAAAGAGGCCUUCAAAUUAUCAACAUUUUAUUACUAUAAAAAAUGAGUACCUGCACUUUUUGGAUAAAAGUUUUGAAAUUCUCACAACCCAGUUAAAAAAUAACUAGUUAAUAUAGUUAUUAAAAUAACGAGAAACUAGUUACAGUCGACUUCAUCAUUAUGCAUCUCUUGUAACCUAAAAUUCAAGCUUUGGUCAGCAGAAUAAUAUUCUUUGUUGAAUGGUAUGCCUAGCACAUCACAAGAUGGUCCGUGGCUUGUAUUAAAAAACUAUUUCCAACAAUGAGGGUCAGGGACCUUCUCGAGAUGCGCUAGAUGUACCGUAUUAUUGGACCUACCUACUAUCUAGUAUAGGUGAAAUCGACCAAGGUUCUCGAUGAUACAUUUUAACAAUUGAAGAAUAAAAUAGUCUAUUCUCUUGUAAUGAUACAUUCAAAAUAUAGUGUCAGGAUAAACAACAUAACAAUGAUAUCUUUACAGUGAAAAAAUGAUAAAAUUACUGCAUAUAAAAACGUCCUUAGGGAAUUGUUUGUUAAUGCCUCAACAACAGUGAUAAAAACCCCUAAGUAUCUAAGAAAACUAAGAAAAUGUGUGUAUAAACGCCAUUGUUAAUAAAUCUAGUAUCAGAGUUAAUCUCUUUUUAACUUCAAUCUAAUAAAAAUGUUACAAGUGGCCUCUUCCCAGUUGAAAGCUUUUAUGUAUCUCUCAAUGUAUUUGUUGUACAUUUAUUUAUGUAAACUGUAUCACAUUAUGUAUUUAUGUAAUGGGUGUUAUGAUCGUUGAAAUUGAUUUAAUCUUAUCAUUUACCAUGUAAAUUUAUUGUUUAUUUAUUUCAAGUAUGUGUAGGUAAUUUAUUGAGAGCAGCCUCUGAGAAUAUUUUGUCUCUUUUAUUAAGAGAUGGAAAUAUUUGAAAGAUAUU